GAGAAGAAUUUUUCAGUAUUCUCUUUGCGUAUCCUUAACCAGUUUUUUCCUGUCUUUCUCUCUCUCUCUCUAGGUUUUUUGUUUCACUCUUAGUUGUCUCUUGAUUUGGAUUCGACAUUUUCGAAUACGACCUUCGUUAAAAAUCGUGCCGUCAUCAAUGACGCUGAUGACACGACGACGACAAGGAGGAGAACAGUAUCGAAAGGUUUUAUUAACAAAACGAGUGUAUCGAUUUAUUAUCGCUAGCUUUAAAGUAAAGAAAGUUGCAUGGAGAUUAGUUUGUCGUAUAUAAUAGGUAUGAUCGAGAUCGCAAUAACAGGUGUUUGUUUCUAUAAUUGCAAGUACGCUUAAGUGCAACGACGCCAUUGAAGAAAUCGUUUCAAGUGGAAGUGAAAGAGGAAAAAGAAAAUCGAGGAAGAUCUGUUGUUAUAUACAUAUUAAUAACGAGUAAAAUACAACGACGUUUUAUUCUAUCGAUUAGGAGUGGUGGCCACGUUAGAUGAAAAUGAUGAUUUGCGAGAGAAAACGGGUAUGGUGACACUGAUCCAAUGUCAACAAACAGCAGACAAUAAUCUACAUGAAAAAGAACAAGAUUAUCGAACAGUCAACGAAUUGUCACAAGUCGAUUCGUCGCAUAAUUCGCCUAAUUGUCGUGUUAAAUUCGAACAAUUACAAUUAUCUACAGACAAUAAUAAUACAGUGAUAACAGCAGCCAAUUCUAAUGGUGUUAUUAACAGUACUCCUACGCAGUGCAGUGACAUAGAUAAUAAAAAAAAUAUAGUUGAUCGUUGUGCAAAUAAUGGGAGCGUUGAAGAGGAAGAAGAAGAAGAUGAUGAUGAUGAUGAAGACGAAAAUGAUACUGAUUUUGAGGAAGAAGAAUGGACGACAGAUUUACCAAUGUCCACUGUUGUGCAACAUCAACAACAGAUUAUGGUGCCAAACGGUAAAGUGGUCUUACCGAAUGCUGAUCCUUCAACUUUCGGUGAUAUAUGCGUGAAAAAUUCAACGAACGUUCAUUUGGGUAACAAAACUUUGUACAAGGGUCCGGUGACGAUAAGACAGUUCAUUUAUUCGAACCCACCUUCGGUGGAGAAUAAAGAAACAAAUGAAUGUGACGGACCACGUACAUCGGACGCUAACGCAUCCGAUUUAUCAUUAGGUAAAGCAGGAAAUGGUCUUAGCAGGCCUAUUUUAUCACAAAAGAAUGAUUAUGAGAGAGUAAAAAACUGGCUAUGGACGUGGCGAUGCGCGGCACUUUUGUGUACAAUAGCGUUAAUAGUUGUGACCACAAUCGUCGUGGCUUCUGUACUUCUCACACACAGACACGAUGUCCCACCAGCUCUGGUUUUCCCGGAAAUACCAGAUUCUUCUCUCGAGGGUGUCAUAGUAAGUAACGUGAGAUUCGUUCAGAGAAACGAAUGGGGAGCACAGCCACCAGUAAAUCCCUUGGGAAAAUUGAAACUACCUGUCCCUUACGUUAUCAUCAGCCAUACGGCCACUGAGUUUUGUACGACACAAUCGGAAUGUACUCUUCACGUGAGAUUCGCACAAACGUUUCACAUCGAAUCUAGAAAGUGGUCGGACAUUGGAUACAAUUUUCUCGUUGGUGGUGAUGGUCUUGCUUACGUUGGACGUAGUUGGGAUUACAUAGGUGCACAUGCUUUUGGUUAUAAUAAUAAAAGCAUAGGAAUAUCAUUCAUUGGUACGUUUAACUCUGUAUUACCGCCGAAGGUUCAGCUACAUGCCGCAGAAAAAAUUAUUGAAUUAGGCGUUAAAGCUGGAAAAAUCGCGAAGGAUUAUAAAUUACUUGGCCACCGGCAAGUAUCGAAAACAUUAAGUCCUGGUGAUGCACUUUACAGCAAAAUAAAAACAUGGCCUCAUUGGGUACCUUUUCCUUAAUACAUCUUUUUAUCAUCUUAAUGUAGAACUCUUUUCUUUUCUCUUUCUUCAGAGUAUCAUUCCAAUAAAUUUAUCUGAAUACUCUACUAACUUUUUCCUUCUGUUCUUGUUUUAUGUUUCUCUCCAAGUUUUUAAACACUGAACGAACAAACGUAUUCAUUCUCAGUGGUUUCUAAUUGUUAACUGGACAUUCUGAUUUUCUUUUUCUUUUGCGUGUAUUACAUUCUGUAUAUGUGUGUGCGUGUAUGCCUGUUUGUAAAUUUUUAUGAUUGCAUGUGUAUUAUUUUAAAACGUAGGCUUUUUCAUAGGGGAUUAUCUUUUUUUGGGUAUUUUACAUUUUAUCUGAUGAGCUCGAAUAUCCUUCGUUCUAUUUUGAUUUUAUGCACGAAUGGAAGCAUGCAACGACUUAAUGAAUGCAUUAUACUAUUUAUACGUAAAUUUUACAUCACAAAUAUUGUACAGCGAUUAUAAGGAAAAAAAAUAAAAAGAAAAUGUAAAAUAAAUGUAAUUCAUUGAAAAAGAAAAUAUUCACAUUUAUACA